UCAUUAGGUCUCCAAAAAAAACAGGGGAAGAAGAAGAAGAAGAAGAAGGUCGCAUCUUGACUUUCUUCCAAUACUUGGAGCCAGAGCUUUUCGAGAUUUGGUGCUAAAAUGGCAGCUCUUUCAGCUGUUCUGUCUCUUGGUUUCGUAACACUUGGCCCUUCGCGCCUUUCCUUCUCCUCUUUCAAUUCUCUCCGGCAACAGACAUCACUUCUCCGACGCCAAAGUCUUGUCCUUUCGAGGUCUCCGCUUAACAGGGUUCUUCAAGCUUCCCUUCAAUCCAAUUAUGCAAAUGCUGGUGAGGCUGAGGUUACAUCAUCACCUGGAGACCGUUCUGAGAUUGUGUUUUUGGGUACUGGAACUAGUGAAGGGAUCCCUCGUGUUAGCUGCCUCACUAAUCCUCUCAAAACAUGUUCGGUAUGCACCAAAGCAGCAGAACCUGGAAACAAGAAUAGGAGACUUAACACUAGCAUCCUUGUUCGGUACACUAGACCAUCUGGAACAAGUAACAUCCUUAUUGAUUGUGGCAAGUUCUUCUACCAUAGUGCACUUAAAUGGUUUCCCACCUUCGGGCUAAGAACACUUGAUGCGGUUGUGAUCACUCAUUCUCAUGCUGAUGCUAUUGGAGGUCUUGAUGAUCUCCGUGACUGGACAAACAAUGUCCAACCUCACAUUCCAAUUUACACCGCUAUGCGUGAUUUUGAGGUGAUGAAGAAGACUCAUUACUACUUGGUUGACACGAGUGUGAUCAUACCAGGGGCUGCAGUCUCAGAGUUGGAGUUUAAAAUCAUUCACGAGGAUCAGCCAUUCAUGGUAAAAGAUCUAAAGAUCAUCCCAUUACCAGUGUGGCAUGGAAGUAACUACUGUUCCCUUGGUUUCCGGUUUGGUGACGUCUGCUACAUAAGCGAUGUGAGUGACAUACCUGAAGAAACUUACCCGCUCCUUAGAGACUGUGAUCUCCUAAUCAUGGAUGCUCUGAGGCCUGAUCGUUCUUCAGCAACACACUUUGGCCUCCCAAGGGCGUUGGAGGAAGUUCGGAAGAUUAAACCAAAGAGAACUCUUUUCACCGGAAUGAUGCAUUUGAUGGACCACGAGAAGGUGAGCGAAGAGCUGGAGAAACUCAUGGACACAGAAGGCCUUGAUGUCAAGUUAAGCUAUGAUGGUCUUCGUGUACCAAUAUCGAUUUAACUCGGUUUAUUAUUUUUCCCCCGGUUUAACCAGUUCAUACCGCAAAUAAAUAUUCAUUUGGUUGUAUUGAAUUGUAUCUUUAUCAAAAUUAGAUGAGCUGCUGCCUGUUCGCGAAA